GGCAGACUUUAAAGGAAGCAGGAGAUAAUAUUAGAAAUCAGACAAGAAUUGGUUAAUUUUGCUGCACGUGUUAGGCCUGAUGGAUACCAUAGAGACAGCAAAGCUUGAAGAGCACAUGGAAGUCCAGAACAAUGAAACUGCAAAUGGUUAUGCUCGACCCACACUCACUGUCAGUGAGGAGAACAAGAACAGCAACAGCAAACCAAAGGGUUUAUCCAAUGGCUUGCGGAAAGGCACUAAGAAGUAUCCAGACUAUAUACAGAUUUCUAUGCCCGCUGAAUCUAGAAACAAACUUCCUUUAGAAUGGUGGAAAACAGGCAUUGCCUUUGUGUAUGCUGUCUUCAACUUAAUUCUAACGACUGUCAUUAUCACAGCGGUACAUGAGAGGGUGCCUCCCAAGGAGCUCAGUCCUCCAUUGCCAGAUAAGUUUUUUGAUUAUAUUGAUCGUGUAGAAUGGGCUUUUUCUGUAUCAGAAAUAAAUGGAAUUAUACUGUUUGGAUUAUGGACAAUCCAGUGGCUGUUUCUCAGAUACAAGUCAAUAGUGGGACGAAGGUUCUUCUUUAUAAUAGGAACUUUAUACCUUUACCGCUGCAUUACCAUGUAUGUCACCACUCUCCCUGUGCCUGGAAUGCAUUUUCAGUGUGCUCCAAAGCUAAAUGGAAAUUCUCAAGCCAAGGUUCAGCGGAUCCUGCAACUAAUUUCCGGCGGUGGACUGUCUAUAACAGGCUCACACAUCUUAUGCGGAGAUUUCCUGUUCAGUGGUCACACUGUAGUGCUAACACUCACUUACCUAUUUAUCAAGGAAUAUUCACCUCGUCACUUUUGGUGGUAUCACUUGAUCUGCUGGUGUUUGAGUGUUGCUGGAAUAAUCUGCAUCCUAGUAGGACAUGAACAUUAUACUAUAGAUGUUGUCAUUGCUUAUUAUAUCACCACAAGGCUCUUCUGGUGGUAUCACUCAAUGGCUAAUGAAAAGAACUUGAAAAUCUCAUCACAGACAAACUUUCUCUCUCGAGCAUGGUGGUUUCCAAUAUUCAAUUUCUUUGAAAAGAAUAUACAGGGCUCCGUGCCUUGCUGUUUCUCAUGGCCAAUAUCUUGGCCCCCUAGCUGUUUCAAGUCUUCAUGCAAAAAGUAUUCCCGAGUUCAGAAAACGGGAGAGGACAAUGAAAAAUCCACCUGAAGAAAACGAAGACAAGAGAAUGUAUUGUUCUUUACUUCUACCAAAACAUUUGUGCUAUAACCAAAGCUCUUAAGAUGACUAGAUUGUUAACUGCAGAAGUGGACCAAACUUUGUGCAACUGAUCUGAGAAAAGACAAUUGUAGACACAAACAAAAUAAUUAUUGCCCCUUGGUAUAUUUUUCUAGUCAUAUUGUACAGUUUCAUCCCACUCUUCAGCGCUAGUAGACACUGGCACUCAGUGGCACUCUGGUGCCAACAGAAUACUUCCUGAGGAGGAGGAAAGCUAGGACAUUGGUUUCUUAAUGAGAUUCAGAGGUGCCAAAGAACACAUCACACCAUCUGUUGUUAAAUAUCACUCAUCCCACAGAAGCACUGAAACAAAAUAUCUGCUUUAGACUCGUGGAGUUUGAAGAGCAAAUCCAUAGUAAACGAUAAAAGGCACAAUACUGGUCUUUCUAGCUAUAUGCAGAGAGUAACAGAAGUUGGCAAGCAGUGGUCUUACUAUUCUCACUAGUGAAGGCAAGACUUGUUUUACAUAACUGGUGAAACCAGAAGUGAACCUUGAUCUUUUUAUACACUCUUAUGGGAAUGAAUAUAUUAUAACCCUGUAAUGCCACCACUGUUUCCAUAUACUCUAGCUACCCUCUAUUGUUUUUUACAUUUUUUAAAAAAAAUAAGUGGCAAUUUUAUAUAUAUAUAUCCAUAUAUGACCAUAAAACCUAUUUUACCUGAUGAUACUGUAAGUUAGAAAUAAUGUCUACUAACAUCGUCAGCAUUCAACAACAGGAAAAAAUAAUUUAUUGUUAAAAUGCAUAUAUGUAAGGCAAGGGAAUUAUUUAAAUUUCUGCUGGUCAGCUUGCAUGAAUGUGUGGUGCAUGUGCAUAACACAUUUUGAGUAUAUGCACUUUGCAGCAAAUGCUCAAAAAAUGGAGGAUCUGUAAUUGAAAGAGAUUGUUGAUACUCCUUCAGGCAAUGACUGAAAAUACCACUGAGUGUGGACAACCACAUUGUUGGCUCUCAGAGGUAUAAAUUUGUAAUUUUAAAUAGUCAUAAAAUUCCUGCAGGAUUGUUAACAUUGUUUUUGUGAUUGUACGUGGCUGUGCAUCUACACAUGUAUAGCAAAUAAUACUUAAACUUGAGUGAACCAUUUAAAUGCUGUGGGAGACAAAACUUCUCCUGACCCUCCAGUCACUCACUGGCUUUGAUCUUCUGUAAGGAUUUUUUGAAGGCUUAAAAAGAAAUGGUGCGAUUUUUGCAAAAACUAUGGAACAGUGGGCCUGAGAGCUGGAUGUGAUACAUCUACAGAUGAACAUCACAUUGUUUUUUCCUUGGUGUGAAUUUGAGUUGUUGUGCCAAGGGUAUUCACUGCAAUAGGUGUGUUUGUUUCACUAUUACCUAACACUAUAUUUAUUUAUUAAAUGGUCAUGUGGCCAGUCUGCUACUUUAUUGUUUACAGAUUUUUUUUGGUUGAACAAAAUGUUUCUGUGUAAUAUAAAACUGUAUAUGUGAAAACACCCAAACAUUUAUUAAGUUAAUGUUUAAGAAAGCUAACAUGGCCCACUUUUUUUGUUCUGUUUUGUACAGGAAUCAAACAGUGUCAUUACCAUUAUAAUAUCUAGUAGUUAAAUGUAUUUUUCAUUGUUGCCAAUUGCUUUUCUAUAAAAAAAUCAGUAAAAGGAGCAGCUAGAGAAAUAACUAUUGAAUUUGCUUAAGUCUAAUCAGUUACUAUAACUUUUUUUAAAAUAAUGCUUUAAAGAGUGACAUUAAAAAAAAGUAAUGAGACAAUUUGACUGGAAAAUUUAUUCUAAUUUAAAAUUCAGUGUGUAGGUCUGGGUGUUUCUUUCAUUCACAGGCCAGGCUGUUAAGCUAAUUCUGGUUUUCAGACUAUCACUUUGGCAACAACAAAUCUUAGUACAACAAAUAAUGCAUCAUGGGAACAGAAGAUAGUGAAGUAUGAUAAUUCAGCCAGAAACCUUACUUUUAUGGGUAAUUUUUCCUUCCUAGAAAUAUUUAACUUACUUGCUCUCAGGCCAGUUACA